UCGCUAAUUCAGUCUAGGUACUGUCUGCAUUGAAUCGCAAGACUAGUUUCUUCAGUCUCUCUAGUUUCCAUCGGCACCAUGGUGACUUCAAAUGCCCCAUUCAAACCAUCGCCAUUGUCGUUCGGGGGGGCCCGAAGCUCUCCUUUUCGUCGGCCCUCGACACCAAAUUCCCCGCCCGCAGGGAUGCGACAGGGGACUCCAGGAAGCUCACCAGGCAGAUACACCCCGGUUCAGUCGCCAAGCAAGCUCAAUCAGUCGUACACAGCCAACGAAGACGAAACCUCUAUAGAGACAAAUGAGCCGAUUUCUCAGCCUAAAUUUACCGGGGAAUUACCCCCGUUGCCUACCAAAGGAGCCAGUUCGCCCAGCAGUCCAUCCCGAAUGGCGGGGCUCAAAUCCAACAGUAUGACGCCUGAACGGAGUGACGCUGCUACGAAUUUGAGCGCCGCACAGCUGAGAGAAAUUCGCGAAGCAUUUCAAGUUCUUGACAGGGAUAAUGAUGGGUUUGUGGAUAGGGAUGAUGUGGCUGACGUGCUUGCAAAUCUGGGCCAAGACCCGUCGGCAUCUGCUAUUUCGCGAUUCUUUCUUCCUGGAAGCGACCAGAAGAUCAACUUCCCCACAUUCCUCAAUACCCUGUCCGCAUUGAUUUCAUCUCUUUCGUCUUCCCAGGAGCUGCUUAACGCCUUGGCCGCAUUCGACGACGACGAUAGCGGUCAGAUUGACGUGCAGGAACUGCGGGAAGCUCUGCUUCACACAUCGCCAGAAGCCGGUGACAAACCGCUCACUGAACGGGAGGUCAAUGAGGUGAUGGCAGGUUUUACCGGACGGAGAAUGUUUGGCGGGAAAUAUUUGAGAAACAAUGGAAUCAGCGGAGGAGGAAAACGGGGUGAGGUAUUCAGGUAUCAAGAAUUUGUCGGGACUGUUGUAGGCGGAGCGGCGAGCGGGGCUGCAAACGGACCGCAAGGAAUUGAUGCAGCCCAAGGCUGAUUUGGAGAGAUCGAACGUCCAUAUAUGUGGUGCCUUUUCAUCAGGAGGGUUUGGGUUCAGGACGGCGUUUUGGAUGGUUCAUCUUUUCCUGUUUGUCUCUGCCUAGCAACGGAGUGUUAUAACAAGAGGAAUGAAUAUGAAUGCCAAUGAUUA